CUUUUAUAAGUACAUUGUUUUCUAUGUUACAACAACGUACUUAUGAUUUUUCGCUUGAUAAUGAAAAAAGUAAUUGAUUGUUAACAUAUAUAAAUUGAUCAAUUAAUUAAAAUUUCAUUUAUCAAAAUGCAUUCUUUCUUAGCAGUCUGGUGCGCUUUUAUUUGUUUUGCAACAACUAUUGCAUAUCCAAAAAAUGAUACAAAACUUUGGUCACACACAUUUAAAGUUGGCGAAAAGUCGUUUUUCAUAGAUAUAGAAAAAGUAAAUUUCGACGAUGCAAUGAAAUUCUGCAAUUCCCAGGAUAUGCAAUUGGCAACAUUAAAAACCUCUUCUGAAAAUGCCAAUCUGUUGGCCCAGUUACGAGGAAUUGGUGGUUAUGUAAGCACAUCUUCAUUUUGGACAUCAGGAACAAAAUUAGCCAAAUCAAACGACUGGAUAUGGUUAACUAACAACUUAGAAAUAAUUACGUUCUUCGACUGGGGUACUGGAGAACCAUCCAACAAUGAUGGAAACGAGAAUUGUUUAGUCGUAGCUCCUAGCUUUUAUUCUUCUGGUCAUUGGAAUGAUGCUCCUUGCACAUCAUUAUUAUACCCUAUUUGUGAAUCAAAAUUAAACCCUAAAAAUAUUAUUAAUGUACCUAUUAGAAUAGACUAAAAUAAAUAAUCAACUCAAAAAUUUA